CGGCGGGCGUGUGGCCGCGGCGCUGCCCCGGGGAGGGAGGCGCGGAGCCGAGCCGGCGUUGAACCGCGGGUCCGGCUGCAGCGCGGGGGAAGCGCCCGCCCGGGCUGGAGGGCGGCGGGAGCCCGGAAAGUUGGAGCCCGGGGAGGAGGAGGCGGCGGCGGCGGCUGCUGCGCGCUCGGAUGCCGCCCGCCGCCUCGGUGCCCCCGCCGAUCGCCGGAGCCCGGCGUCGCCUCCUGCCCGGGGAGCGGCGGGCGGCGCGGGACCAGGAGGGAUGCGGCUGUGGCCCGCGGCCGCCAGGCAGAGCGCGGCUCCCCGGGAAAUGCUCCUGACCAUCGCCGUCUGGCUGGCUUGGCAGGAAGCCUCCGCGGCGCCCACCCCGACGGCCGAUGACCUGAACCUGGGCGUUGACUGGCUGACUAAAUUUGGCUACCUGCCUCCUCCAGGCCCUGUCACAGGACAACUGCAGACCCAGGAAGAGCUUGCAAAAGCCAUCACAGCCAUGCAACAGUUUGGAGGCCUGGAAGCAACAGGGAUACUAGAUGAAGCUACGCUGCAAUUAAUGAAGACACCUCGUUGCUCUCUCCCUGAUCUUGCUGAGUCAGAGACCAGGAAGAAGCGGCACACUCAGGCCGUGACAAAGUGGAAUAAGAGGAACUUAUCUUGGAGAGUCCGCACCUUCCCCAAAGCAUCCCACCUGGGCCAUGACACGGUCCGCGCCCUCAUGUACUAUGCCCUGAAGGUCUGGAGUGACAUCACCCCGUUGAAUUUCCACGAAGUGGCGGGUAACAAUGCUGACAUACAGAUAGACUUCUCCAAAGCAGACCACAAUGAUGGGUAUCCCUUUGAUGGGCCUGGCGGCACGGUAGCACAUGCUUUCUUCCCUGGAGACCAUCAUACCGCAGGAGACACUCAUUUCGAUGACGACGAAUAUUGGACUUUCCGAUCAUCAGAUGCCCAUGGGAUGGACCUGUUUGCCGUGGCAGUCCAUGAGUUUGGCCACGCCAUCGGCUUGACCCACAUCUCUGCCUUAGAGUCUAUCAUGAGACCCUAUUACCAGGGACCGGUGGGGGAUCCCCUGAAGUAUGACCUGCCUUACGAAGACAAAGUCAGAAUCUGGCAGCUAUAUGGAGUCAGGGAUUCUGUGUCCCCAACAGACAAGCCUGAAGUAACCAAAACUGACGACCACCCCCUUCUGCCAGAGCUGCCAGAGAACCGCUCCACUGUGCAGCUCAGAAGAGAUAUCCCCAACAGGUGCAACACUCACUUUGAUGCCGUGGCUCAGAUCAGAGGCGAGGCUUUCUUCUUCAAAGGCAAGUACUUCUGGAGACUGACUCGCAAUAAACACUUGGUCUCCCUCCAGCCAGCUCAGAUCCACCGUUUCUGGAGGGGUCUACCUCUCAAUAUGGACAGUGUGGACGCAGUGUAUGAGAGAACCAAUGACCACAAGAUCGUGUUCUUCAAAGGAGACAGAUACUGGGUGUUCAAAGACAAUAACGUGGAGGAAGGAUACCCUCGGCCAAUUUUGGAUUUUGGCUUGCCACCGGGAGGCAUCGACGCUGCCUUCUCCUGGGCCCACAAUGACAAGACUUAUUUCUUUAAGGACCGUCUCUACUGGUGCUAUGACAACCAUGAGCGGAGGAUGGAUCCCGGCUAUCCUUCAGAGACCACUUUGUGGAAGGGCAUUCCAAGCACGUUAGAUGACGCAAUGAGAUGGUCAGAUGGUGCAACCUAUUUCUUCAGGGGCAAGGAGUACUGGAAAGUGUCGGACAAUGACCUGGAAGCAGAACCCGGUUACCCUCAGUCCAUCGCCAGAGACUGGCUGGUGUGCGGUGACAUGCAGUCUGAUUCUCCAGACUCGGCAGGGCGCAGCAGGACUGGGGCGCGCUCCAAGCAAGGGCAGCACGACGAGAGCCGUUCGGAAAACGGCUACGAGGUCUGCUCAUGCACCUCCUCCUCAGAUUCCCUCUCGGCCCGCCCGGCACUCAGACUCUCCGCAAGCCUUGUCCUAGCGAGCCUGUGGAUGGCAGCAGUGGCUUGCGCAGCACUAUGACAUCCAGUAACAUGGACAAGAAGAUGUUACGGUGCUUCAGGGACUGGUGGUGGGAAAAAAUCACACCAUGCUACACUGUUACCGCCGAAACAAACGUUCCUAGGAACAUGGCAACGAAGGUUUCAAGUUCUCCAUGGGAAGUGAACUGGGUUUAUUUUUAUUUUUUAGUUAAAGGUCUAAUAAUGGACUGUGGGUUCUGCACCUUCUUCUUCCCCCAACCAGCUAAAGAAUAAAGACAUUGCUGAAUAUUA